AUGGCGGGGCUGCGGCACGCUGCGGCACUGGCGCUCGGUGCGCUGGGCGUCGGCGCCCUGUGGCGGCUGGCCCUGGCGCAGCCCGAGGAGGCCUGCCCAUCGGGCAGCUGCGCCGCUGACGACCCGGCGCUGCUGCAGAAGCAGGCCCGGGCGGCGACGCGCCAGGCCAUCCACGCUGACCCGCCCCCGGGGCCGGCGCCGCCCGUGCCGGACGGAUGGGAGCCCUGCCCCGGCUUGCUCUACGGCACCCCGAACACCUCGUUCGCGAAGGCCCCCAGCGAGGAGGAGUUCGUGGCCGCUCUCGCCGAGCUCGACCUCACGGCCGUCAUGGACGACAUGACCCAGCUGAUGACGGACUCGCAGUCCUGCUGGCCGGGCGACUGGGGGAGCUACGUCGGGCUCUUCACGCGGCUGUCGUGGCACGCCGCCGGCACCUUCCGCGACACGGACGGCUCCGGAGGCGACGGCGGCGGCCGUCAGCGAUUCGACCCCGAGGCCAGCUGGGAGGACAACACGAACCUGGACAAGGCGCGAGGCCUGCUCUGGCCGCUCAAGGAGAAGUACGGGGACGGUCUGAGCUGGGCGGACCUGAUCGCGCUGGCCGGCACGCAGACCCAAUGGGCGAGCGGCAUGCCCUUCAAGGAGUUCUGCUUCGGUCGCCUGGACGAUGAGGAUGGUGCGAAGAGCCUCCCGCUGGGGCCCGGCGAGAUGCAGGAGGAGAUGGCGCCCUGCACUGGUCCCGUGAAUGGGAUGUGCCAGAUGCACCCGAACGAGACGGCGCUCGCGCCGACGACGGUCGGACUGAUCUACGUGAACCCUGGGGGCCCGAUGGGAGUCCCAGACCCAGUGAAGAGCGUCGAUGAGAUCAGGGUUGUCUUUGGCAAGAUGGGCCACGACGACAAGGCCACGGUCGCUCUGAUCGGCGGCGGCCACGCCUUCGGCAAGUGCCACGGGGCUUGCUCGAAGUUCGAGUACGAGGAGCCGGCUGGACUGCCGCCCAACAUGGCUUUCGCAGAGGGCACUUACCCUUACGUGGGCAAGUGCCCCAACCUCGACGGCGGGGUCACGGGCAUGGGAAACGCCACGUGGACUAGCGGGUUCGAGGGCCCUUGGACGAGCACGCCAACGCGGUGGUCCAACGAGUAUUUCACGUAUCUCUUGGAUUACGAGUGGGAGCCGUGGUUGGGCCCGGGCGGUGCGAUUCAGUGGCGAAUGAAGGAGAAUCCUGACGACCCGCGGAUGCGUCUCACGACCGACAUUGCCCUGAUCAAGGAUCCGGAGUAUUUGAAGUACGUCGAGCUCUUCGCCAGCAACCUGACUGCGCUCAACGAGGCGUACGACUUCUCCUGGGCGAGCUUGAUCAGCAACGGAGGUGGCUGGUCAACGAAGAAGAUCUGCGUGCCAUACGGCCCCCCGCCCGAGCCUGGCGCGACAACGCCGACCUCGAUGCUUAACACGGCCUCGCCCCGGGACGCGUUCCAGGACCAGGCCAGCGCGUGGGAGGCGCGGUUCGCGGCCGCGCAUGCGCUGCAGAGGCUGGCCUGCAGGGGCGACAAGGAGGCGGUCGCCGCGCUGCUCGGGAUCACGGGGGACCAGCAGCCAGAGGUGCGGGAGGCCGCGUGCGCGGGGCUGCGGAGGCUCGCCCUCCCCGGGGACGAGGCUGCUGUCGGGGCGGUCGCGGGGCUGCUCGCGGACGCGGAGGCCAAGGUGCGGGUCAAGGCCUUCCGGGCCGCCAAGGACCUCGCCGCCCGGGGUGAGCCCUCCGCCCGCGGCGCCGUCAAGGCCGCGCGGGGCCUGCUGGAGGACGACCGGUGGGCGGUGCGCGCGUCGGCCGUGAGGUUGCUGGGCGCGCUGGCGGCGCCUGGCGACGGCGAGGCGCUGGGCGCGGUGGCGGGGCGCCUCCGGGACGAGGCGUGGAACCUGCGCUGGGAGGCCGUCGCCGCGAUGCGCUCGCUCGCGGCCCCGGGGGACCAGGCCGCGGGCGCCGUCGUCCCGGAGUGUCAGACACCAGGUUGGGGGUGCACCUUUUCGCGGCCUGGUGCCUCUGGAACCUGGCCCCUGCCGGAAGGGGCUACGGCUCCCCCGCCGGCGCCGCCGCCGCCGUGGUGCUGGCGGCGCUGGCGGCCGCGGCGCUGUGCGGGCUCGCCGCGGCGAGCGAGGAGGCCGCGGCCGUGCCGCUCGCCCCGCGCGGGGCGUGGCGGUCGACGGCCGCGUGGCUGGGCGCGCUGCCGGUGCGCGGCGCCGCGGGCUGGCUGCUGGCCGCCCUCUGCAAGAAGGGCUACAGCGCCCCGUCUGGCGUGGCCGUCGCGGUCGCCGCCGCGCUGGCGGGCCUGGCCGUCCGCUGAGCCGCCGAGUCAUGGCGUGCGGGGCGCGUGGGCGGGAGCAGGAGAGGGAAGUUUGUGUCUUCAUGGACAUGGAGGGCAGCCAUUUUUGGUGUCGCUUCUCCGCGUCGGCGCAGCCGAGAAGAGAAGCAGCCGAUUUUCGCGCCUCCGCGCCGGGCAUGCUGCGGUCUGUGGGCUGCUCGGCGUCCGCAGAAGGUGCACUCGACUCGAGGAAGAACCAACUGCAUAA